ACGGAGGUGAAGCCGUUGCCAGGCCCGGCCAGGAAGAAGGGAACAGGCCGUGGGCAGCAGGGCCUGACAGAAGCCCCUAGACGGCCAGCGGCCCUCCGAGAGCUGCCCUGUGGAGAACCCAGCCCGAGUUGAAGCCGCGGCCGCUUGUCGGGCGUGGUGAGCCGCGCGGAAAGUGGCGCCAUGAGCACCCCGAAGCCUGGGCAGGGUUUUAUCGUCUCCAACUGGACCGCUGUGGACAUCGACGUCUACGACACCGCGGACUCUGUGGUGAUGACGUUCUACUUCCUGUUGGUCCUGGUCCUCGGACUGUGGGCUGUAAUGUCCCACAGCCGUGCAACAAUAGAAGACUUCUUCCUGGCUAGCCGAAAUCUGACGUGGUUUUCGGUAGGUGCUUCCUUGUAUGCCGCAAAUAUUGGCAGUAAUCACAUCAUGGGCCUGUCUUCGAAAGGAGCUACUUCAGGGAUUGCCAAUGCCGCCUUGCAGUGGGUUUCUUCACUUCAGCUCUGUGUUCUUGGUUGGGUAGUUUUUCCUUUGUACGCCAAGGCUGAGGUGGUGACAACGCCAGAAUAUUUGAGGAAGAGAUUCGGGAGCCUCCGGAUCCAGAUCUUCAUCUCUGUUUUGUAUUUAUUCUUCUGUAUCUUCAACAGGAUCUCGCUGGAGAUAAGUCACUGUGCCAUGUUCCUGAGGAUGAUUUUGGGCGUGGACGUUUACCUGGCCAUCCUGGUCUUGCUGGGCAUCACAAGCAUUUACACUAUCACAGGUGGUUUAGCCACCGUGAGUCUGACCAACAGUUUACACACUAUCCUCAUGGUGUUUGGAUCCUUGUUGCUAAUGGGCUUUGCCUUUAGGAAGGUGGGAGGAUAUCAGGAGCUGCUGAAUAGGUACCCGAAGGCCAUUCCCCGUAUCAUAAGUGAUGGCAACUGGACUGCCAAGCCAGAUUGCUACCUCCCCCGCCGGGAUGCCUUCCAUGUCUUCCGCGAUGCUGUCUCCGGGGACCUUCCUUGGCCGGGGCUCGUCUUCGGUAACCCUUGCGUCAGCUUCUACUACUGGUGCACCGAUCAGGUUUUCUUCCAGCUAUGCCUGGCAGGGAAGAACCUAACUCAAGCAAAAGGCGGCUGCCUUAUGUGCGGGUACCUGAAGAUGCUGCACCUGUUCACGCUCGUGAUGCCGGGGAUGAUCAGCCGCAUCCUGUACACGGAGCAAGUGGCAUGUGUGGUUCCUUCCGAGUGUCAGAAGUUCUGCGGGGCCAGCAGCAGCUGCAACCCCAUCGCUUACGCAAUGCUGGUGAUAAAACUGCUGCCCAGCGGUUUCCGAGGCUUGUUGCUGUCCACAGUGUGUGCCUCCUUCAUGUCCACCCUGGCUUCCGUCUUCAACGGUGCCAGUGCCCUGUUCACGCUGAACAUCUACACCCAGCUGCGGCCCGUGGCCAGCGAGAAAGAGCUCAUGAUAACCGGAAGGUUUUUUGUUAUACUCCUAUUUGCAGUCACCAUCGUCUGGGUCCCUAUCAUGGACACGGGGCACAGCGAAACGCUCUUUGAAUACAAGCAGGCCAUCAGGAGUUUCAUGACGCCACCCAUCACUGCUGUCUUCCUACUUGCCAUAUUUUGCAAGAGGGUCAAUGAGAAGGGUGCCUUCUGGGGACUGACUCUGGGCACCGUGCUGGGCGUCUCCCGCCUGCUCAUCCACUUUGGCUUCAGCCGGCAGUGGAACUGCCUGCAGAAGAGCAACUGUCCGUCCUUUCUCUGUGGCCUGCAUUACCUCUACUUCAGCCUGAUCCUCCUUGGGAUCUGCGUGCUCAGCAUGCUGACCAUCUCCUUAGCCACAGACCCCAUUCCUGACAAACACCUCUACCGGCUCUGCUGGAGUCUACGCAACAGCCAGGAGGAAAGGGUCAGCCUGGAGGGGGAGCUGCCAUGGAAGAGACACUCCAAGUACCCGCUGCAGCCAGAGUUAUUGAAGAAGGACCAGAGCUGUCUCUGGAGGACGUGGAACCUGUUCUGUGGCCUGGACCCACAGCCAGGCCCCAAGCUGGCCCCAGAGAAGGCGAAGGAGCACAAAGCCAAGUCACCCGAGGGGGCAGCAGGGCUGGCUCCGGGGGAGGCAGCCAAGAGGACUGAAGGGGCAAAGGUGCAUUGCGCGUGUCCAAUGCUCAUGGUCAAGUGGGUCGUCCAUGGCCUCAUGUUAGGCUUGAUCACACUUGUGAUCACAAGUUUCAUCUUCUACGCCUGAGCCGGCCGCAGCCCCAGGACGGCCGCGAGGGUAGGUGGGCAGAGCUGCCGUAGGCUCUGGGGUCCCCAGCAUGGAGGACAGCAAGCAUUUUCUCAGGGUAACCCAAAGACCAGGAACCAAUGAUCACUCUAAUGAAAACACUUGACGGUAUCCGUCAAGUAUCAGCAGGCGUAAGGCCCCGCAUGCCAGGCCAGAAGGACAGCAUGAAGUCCACUGGUGAUGACAUACUAUGCAAAUGAGAACAGCUGUUCCCUCACGAAAUGAGUCAUUUUCUCCAAAUGGUUCUACCGCAUAAACACUGACUUUCACUUUAAAUUUAA